AUCGGUGGUGCGCUGUGCUCCUCGGACACAGCGGAUCAGCGAUCAACGGAAAGAGCUGAAAGAUGUCGGCUCGGUCAUGUGAUCAGUUGUGUCCAAUCACAGCUGAUCACAUAGGAGAGCCGGUGAUCGGCAUUCCUCAGAGGGGACAUGUACACUGAUCAUCAGGGCACUGAUGAUCAGUGUGCCCUGAUGAUCAGUGUAGCCCCAGCAGUGCCACCUGUCAGUGUCCAUCAAUGCCAGCUGUCAGUGCUCAUAAGUGCCACCUGCCAGUGCCCAUCAGUGCAACAUCAAUGCCACAUAUCAGUGCCUACCAGUGCACAUCAAUACCACAUAUCAGUGCCCAUCUGAGCUGCAUUUCAGUGUCACUUAUCAGUGCCAGUCAGUGCCACCUACCAGUGCCUCCUCAUCAGUGCCACCUAUCAGUGCCCAUCAGUACAGCCUAUCAGUGCCCAUCACUGCAGCCUCAUUAGCGCACAUCAGUG